GGUAGGCAUAAUGGAAGGCACUCACUGCACCCUCCAAUUACAUACGCCUAUUACUGAACUCUGCUACAUCAGCUUCUAUCUUCCAAGGGGGGAAGCCAGAGGAUUUUCAUACAAGGGCACUGUAACUCUAGACAGAUCCAAUAAAGGCUUCCAGAACUGCUACCAAGUUCGGGAGGGAUCAGACAUCUCCAGCCUUACCCAGCAUCCCAACGAACAGAUAGGUGACAUAUUUUUCAAGCAGACUCCCACAAAAGACAUUCUCACUGAGCUGUAUAAACUCACAGCAGAGAAGGAGAGGCUGCUGGCCAAUCUGCUGAGCUCAGACCACAUCCUGGGCAUUUCUUCGGGGAGCCAGGGGGGGAAGCUGUCCGAGCUGCCUGUGAGCCUGGUCCCUGAGGACGGCUGUGUGCAGAGUGCUGGUGACUGGCUCGGGGAGCUGCCUGUGAGCUCUCUCAGUAAGAGGAGCAGCCACGGCGGAAGGAGAGAGAGCUCAGAAGCCUUCCUGCAGAAGAGAAAGAGGAGGAAAGGGAGUGGCCGCCAGAAAACAGCUCUUCAGAUGGGAAAGGACCAGAUCUGCUCCAGCAAUUCCUUUCCUCUGUCUCCAACAAAACCGAAUCUACGGCUCCUAAAGGAAAGAGGAAACUUGGUCCCAAAUGGAGCAUUUACCCACGCCCUACAGAGGAGAGAGAGCUGUCCUGCAGAUAUCCCCAGGAUACUGGGUGCAGACCUUGGCUCUGGCAGCUUCAGGAGGGCCUCAGAAGGCUCCGGGCUUGGAAGAGAAGUGCUUCCUGCAGACAGCAGACCCACAGAGGCAAGAAACGACUGUGUUCAAAAGCAGCCAAGGAGCACUGGCGAGCUGGAGCCUCAACAAACAAAUUUGCCUGACCGCCAGGAGGAAGGCAAGAAGCCUCCCGAGGCCGAGAGGUACAGGGCAGGGAAGUGCAAGUCCAAGUCCAAGUCAGUAGAGCGGACUUGCAGGAAGAAACCUGUUUUGAAAGUGGUGGCCAGGAUCCAGGAGCCUGCUACACAUGGGCACCAUGUAGUUAGGACCCAUCCUGAAGGUGAAGGAUGGACUGACAUUUGCCCAGAGGCCCAACAUCAGUUUAUACCCCAAGAAGCUUUGCUCACCCUCCCAGAAGCCGAGGCUAGGGCUGACGGUUCCAGCUGGCAGGGCCAGGAGAAGCAAGUGGACAGGUCAUCACAGUCCUCGGUGGAAGAAACAGCCUCCGCUUCUGCGUGUCCAGCCAGUGCUGAAGGGGCUGUGAACAAGGUUCUCCUGAAGGUGAUAGAGAGGGAGAGGUUAGCUGAAGCCACAGAGGGGAGAAGGCUGGGCUUGGCCUCUGACACCAGGGCCACCCACGGCUUCCUGGACGCCCGAAGCCAGAGGAGGCCUGGUCUGCCUCAGAGCGGCCUCAGACCCUUGUCUCUGGACCUGCCCCACCCCGUGGGUGCUGACUCCUCACCACCCACAGCGCCAGCAGCGGGCUCUGGCAUGGGAUUUAAUAAUUCAUCCCCUCAGUCCAGCAUACACAAACGGCUGCCACCUGUUCCCUUGCUGCCCCCUCCAAGACACCCCCGCCCUCAGCCUCAUCACCGGAUCCUCCAGCUUCCCCCGCUGCCCAGCGAGCAGGGCCCUGCGUUUAAUGACUCUCCCCAUAGAAAGAGCGCAGUCUUCGCUGGGUUGCCCUCUGCUGCCACCUUGGAGCAAGCAUCCUCUGCAAAGGUCACGGAGACUGGUCAGGGAGCCUGGCCAGCGUCCUCCAGCGUGGGACAACCUGGACCGCUGCCCGGGGGACCCUCGGAAAAGAUCUCGGGGCUAGGGAAGACUACAGCUCAGCUGGAGCACCAGCCACCUCCAGGUUACUCCUCAGAUGGCUUUUCCUGGGACUCCUUCAAUGAGCAGACAACCAGAGACCUUCCCAACAGAGAUGGAGGUGACUGGGUCCUGGGUUACAGAGCAGGACCACCCUGCCCAUUUCUGCUGCAUGAGGAGAGAGAAAAGUCACACAGAAGUGAUUUGUACUUGGAUCUCAACCCCGACCAGAGCCCUACGGAGCCGGACGACAGGACUCCGGGCAGACUCCAGGCUAUCUGGCCCCCGCCCAGGACAAAGGACACAGAAGAGAAAGUGGGACUGAAGUAUACGGAAGCAGAAUACCAAGCUGCUAUCUUGCACUUGAAGAGGGAACACAAAGAAGAAAUUGAAAACCUGCAGAUCAUCAAGUUAUUGGAUGGAAAACGGUCUCAAGCUGUGGGAAUCUUGAUAUCUAGUUUGCACUUAGAAAUGAAGGAUAUUCAGCAAGCCAUCUUUACCGUGGAUGAGUCCGUGGUUGACUUGGAGACCCUGGCGGCCUUAUAUGAAAAUCGAGCCCAAGAGGAUGAAUUGGUUAAAAUAAGAAAGUACUAUGAGACAUCCAAAGACGAGGACCUGAAGCUGCUGGACAAACCUGAGCAGUUUUUACAUGAGUUAGCUCAGAUCCCUAAUUUUGCCGAACGUGCCCAGUGCAUAAUCUUCAGAUCUGUCUUCUCUGAGAGCAUCAACUCUUUACACCGGAAGAUUGAGAUUGUCACGCGAGCCUCUGAGGGCCUGUUGAGCAUGAAGAGCGUGAAGGACAUCCUGGCCCUCAUCCUGGCGUUUGGAAAUUAUAUGAAUGGAGGGAACAGGACCCGAGGACAAGCAGAUGGCUACAGCCUAGAAAUUCUGCCCAAACUCAAGGAUGUCAAGAGUCGGGAUAAUGGAAUUAAUCUGGUGGACUAUGUUGUGAAGUAUUACCUGCGUUACUACGAUCAGGAAGCCGGGACCGAAAAGAGUGUCUUCCCCUUGCCUGAGCCACAAGACCUCCUUCUGGCCUCCCAGGUCAGGUUCGAAGACCUCGUGAAAGAUUUAAGAAAGCUGAAGAGGCAACUGGAAGCAUGUGAGCAACAGAUGGUGGUGGUGUGCAAGGAGUCUCCAAAGGAGUUCCUGCAGCCGUUCAAGAGCAGACUGGAAGAGUUCUUCCAGAAAGCCAAAAAGGAGCAUAAAGCGGAAGAAGCUCACUUGGAGAAAGCACAGAAAAGUUUUGAAACAACGGUGGGAUAUUUUGAGAUGAAGCCAAAGGCUGGUGAGAAGGAGAUCACACCCAGCUACGUGUUUACCGUGUGGUAUGAGUUCUGCAGCGACUUCAAGACGAUCUGGAAACGAGAGAGUAAAAACAUAUCUAAAGAAAGAUUGAAAAUGGCUCAGGCAUCAGUCAGCAAGUUGACAGCAGAGAAGAAAGUGGAGACCAAGAAGAUCGACCCCGCCGCUAGUCUGAAAGAGAGACUGCGUCAGAAAGAAGCUAGCGUGACCUCCAGCUAAGACGGCGGCUCGCGGAAUGGCGGUGGCGGAGCGGCUUCUGCGCACCUCCCACAGCGCCGUGCCGGCGCCCUUCCCCAAGGCAUCUGCACACCGAUCCUGGUGCCUGCGGCCAGAAGCGCUCAUGAAGCUACGAGACACUGCAAGAGCAUUUGAUCACAGUUUCCCUUAGAAGCCCAGAGUCUAUGCUGUUAUAGAACCAGAAGAAAUCGCAAGCUUUUCCAAAGUGUACUUAAGAAGACUGAAGUGUGACGUUUUCUGACCCAAGCUGGAUAUGCUAACCUUGCCACUGCAGAGCUGCAUCUUCUGGGAUUGCUCCCGCCCCGAUCCCGGCAAAGCAGGAUCCAAUCUGCCUCCCACCUGACACCCUGGAAAUCCACCCAAACUGUGUUGUGAAGAGGCCUUUUAGAUCCUAGUCUAAGGAAAUCACAUUGCUAUCAUCGUUCAUGAUGCAGAGAAAACGAAGUUGUGCGUGGGUGGAGCAGGGGAAAGCGGGGAAGAUGAGGUAUCAGUAGCUCCUUCCUGGUGAGUGGUUGGUACUGGAAGGUGGCAUCAGCAUUGAGCUAGCUGCAUUCUCUGGUUUUUACGCCAGUUCUGAGGCUUCCUUGGCCAGCAGGGAUUCUACACUCCACCUCUGGGAGAAGCAGUAACAUCCAAGCAGGGACAGCCUCGGGGUUCAAGCCUCCACUGGACAAGUACCCUGUGAUAGUCUUCUGGACUUGGAAUCCAUUGUUUGUGGAUAAUAAAUGCCGUGCGCACACUCGGCUGAGGUUAAUGCCAGGCCCUGUGGCUUGCGCCAGGCCUCCUGUUACCCCAGGAGACAGCGUCUGCACCCUCUGCCUUUUCCAUGGUCUCAGCUGACCAGCACACAAAGCGGCUCGCACGAAGGUGCUUCGCUGUCAGAAACUCAAGAGCAGAAACGUCAUUUACAGCAAAAUGAAAAGAAAUACAUGACAGUACUACUGACUAGAGGCCGGUAGCUUCCUCACACUGGCUCUCGAGUCCCAGAGGAAGACCAUCGUGGACCUCCCCCUGACAUUUCUCCCCUUACGCCAACAGCCUUUGAAUCUAUCUUAUGAGGAGAGAAGACAGGACUAGAGACCAUCAUUUUUAGGCCUUGAUAGAAUAGAGGCCCAAGAUUCCCCUCUGGUUGGUAGAGGACAGUCUAGACACAAGCAAGAACCUCCCAUCCCUCCUCAGCCUGGCUCUCAUGGGCCAGUCCCUCACCCAGCUUUCCAGAACAGCACCUUUUCCAGCCUUGUUAAGUAGCUGAGUAUUUGCCCAGGGCCUGUCUGCAGUCCUCAGCCUCCUCGGGGACCGCCUGUGGGUUCAGCCGCCCCAGAUCCUCAGGAAACAGCAGGCACAGUUGGGAUCCGGCAAGUCAUAGAUGCCGGAUCCAUGCCCUUCCCAGAGGCCCAGAGGAAAGGGAUCGAGUCACAUGAUUGGAUCCGAAGGAAUGAGAAUAGACAGGCAGGAAAGGAGCUUCCAUGACUAGGAAAGCGUGAGUUGUGUGUGGAGCAAGGACCUUUUCCCACCUGUCGCUUUCCUACGCGCUUAUUGUUCAUUGCUGUUUUACCAUGUGGGGAGGGGCAGAGUUCACGCACCCCGGCCCAGGCCCCAGACCUCCAUUUUAGAAGAGAAUUGCUGAUUUUGCCAAAGCCACAGAAGCCGUCUCCGCAUUCCACCAAGUGGGCAGGAGCCUAGAUCCCCGUGGGUCCUGUGGGCAGGAGCCUAGAUCCCCGUGGGUCCUGUGACUCAGUGGGUGAGACUCACCAUCCACCUAAGGCCUCUGAGUUGUCACAGGUGACAUUGUCGCUGUCCCCUGCAGGAACACUCCCAAAUCUGGAAGAACAAUGAAAGGAAGCAUACAUCUUAGACUUUAAAAAAUGCAACUCAGGCCGGGCGCUGGUGGCUCACGCCUGUAAUCCUAGCUACUCAGGAGGCU